AUGCUAAUUUCAGGUGCAUCAUCCGAAUUUCUUAAACUUACACAGGAGCAAAUUGAGGAGAAAUAUUUGGUUUCCUGGAAGAAUGGAUUCCUUGUUGACUGUUCGCAAGUCAAUCUCCCAAUUUGUUGGAGCCCAUUUGAACAAGCUGCAAAACAACUGACCGAGCACGUGGAAAAAAAAUCAAUACGGGAAACGGUUCUCAAGCUAAAUGGAGAUCAUGAUAUACCGAAAGAAAAGCGACAGCAACUUGUCCUACACAAGAUACUAACGUUCUUAACCAGUGGAUAUAUUUGGCAGGACGGAGAGGAAGACGUUCCUAAGGAACUUCCAUGGUGUUUGUCAAAGCCACUAACACGCGUCUCAGAUGCUCUUGGUGUUCAGCCAAUCCUAAGCUACCCAAGCAUGAUUUUAGGAAACUGGAAGAUGAAAAAUGUUGAUAAGCCAUUCGAAUUCGGAAAUGUAAAUGCCAUGUAUUGGACACCGGGAGGUGAUGGUGCGGAAUGGUUUAUCGUUACUCAUGUCAUUAUCGAACAGAGAUUUGCACCUGCCCUAGACGCUAUUGUCGAGGCCAUGAAGCAUUCGUCACCAGGCAGUGAGGAUAACGCCAAAUUGGUUGAAGCUCUCAGAAACAUACCAAAAGUGAUGUCGGAAAUGAUGUAUACGUUCACUAAAAUCAAUGACGGGGUACAGCCGGAACAUUUCUAUGAUGAGCUGCGAAUUUUCUACUCGGGUUGGGGCAAUGGGAGGAAUCCACUUCCUGAUGGAUUGAUUUAUAAAGGCGUUUAUGGAGACAAACCCAAAACGAUGAAAGGAGGAAGUGCUGCUCAAAGUACAACUCUACAGUUACUAGACGCAGCAUUAGGCAUUAAACAUGAAGGAGAUCAAAAGAACUUCCUUGACGAAGUGAGGGACUACAUGAUGAAAGAACAUCGUGACUUCUGUGAUGUUGUGGAGGAAAACAGCAACAUAAGAAAAUACGUGGACCAAUGUGAAAAUGAUGAUGUCCAACUGGCCUACAACAAGUGUAUUGAUGCAAUAAGGAAUUUCAGGAAUUUGCACAUGAAGAAGGUAGAUCAGUACAUUAAAAGACCUUCACAGAGGAAUGAUAGAAGGCAGGCUGUGGAAGGACUCAAGGAUACGGGAACUGGAAGCACUCCUUAUCUCGAAUUCCUGAAGAGAGUCAACGAGGACACAAAGAAUUGUACAUUAACGAAGAAGUAGAAGACAAU